CUAAUUAGAUAGCUCUCUAUAUAUCGGCUAGAAUUAAAAAGAGUAGUGAUUUGAGAGAAAGAAUGGAGUCUGAGAAAGAUUUGAUGAAACCCUUGAAUGAAGGAGGAGAUCAGUUGAAAAAUGGAGGGAGUACAGAUUAUAAUAUGAACUGGAUGAGCAGAAUGAGAGCAGAUUUCAUUCAAAGGUUGCCUGACAAAGUUAAAUCAUGUGGGAUUAUUGAUCCUGAAAAUCUUAUCAAUCUUGAUCUUUCCGCUGCUAAAGGGUUCAUUAAUCAAGGUGAGAAAGAUUACUACGAAAGACAAUUUGCCACAUUGAAGUCGUUUGAGGAAGUCGACUCGCUUGUUUCGUCCAAUGUAAUUGACGAAGAACUUGAUCGUCAAGAACUAUCACAAAAUGAAAGAGCAAUGAACAUUUCCAAUUGGGCUAAUGUCUUCCUCCUCGCGUUUAAGAUUUAUGCCACAGUCCAAAGUGGCUCAUUGGCCAUUGCAGCGUCUACUCUCGACUCUUUGCUCGAUCUCAUGGCGGGUGGGAUACUAUGGUUUACUCAUUUAUCGAUGAAAAGCAUAAAUAUUUACAAAUAUCCUAUUGGUAAACUGCGUGUUCAACCGGUAGGCAUCAUCAUCUUCGCUGCAAUAAUGGCCACUCUUGGGUUUCAAGUGCUGGUACAAGCUGUAGAACAACUGAUUAAAGACGACCCUUCGGAAAAGAUGAAUUCCAGUCAAUUGAUGUGGUUGUACAUCAUCAUGCUCACUGCAACUGGGGUGAAACUUGUUCUUUGGAUUUAUUGCAGAAGCUCCGGCAACAAGAUUGUCCGUGCCUAUGCUAAGGACCAUUAUUUCGAUGUGGUGACAAAUGUCGUCGGAUUGGUCGCUGCUGUUCUCGGUGAUAGAUUUUACUGGUGGAUCGAUCCAGUUGGCGCUAUUGCCUUAGCUGUCUACACUAUCACUAAUUGGUCCGGAACAGUGCUUGAGAAUGCAGUUUCACUAGUUGGACAAUCGGCUCCACCAGAAGUACUGCAGAAACUUACAUAUCUUGUUCUGAGGCACGACUCGAAGAUCAAGCGCGUUGAUACAGUUCGUGCUUACACCUUUGGUGUUCUUUACUUCGUUGAGGUUGAUAUAGAGCUCCCGGAAGAUUUGCGGUUGAUAGAAGCGCAUGCAAUCGGAGAAUCACUGCAGAUAAAGAUUGAAGAACUUCCGGAAGUUGAAAGGGCAUUUGUUCAUCUUGAUUACGAGUGUGAUCACAAGCCCGAACAUACGGUCCUCAAUAAACUUCCAAAUAGUGACCCCUAACUAAAUAAGUUUACUUGUACUGCAAAUUAUGAUGAUAACUUAUUAUUAAUGUUAUGAUUCAGAAAUUUGAAAGAGGUUAAUAGCAUGUAAUUGGAGUUGAACAAACUUAAUUAAUGACAUCAUGCAUGUAGAUGUCUGAAAUUUGGAAAAUGACUUGGGUAGUCUUUGUAUAAGUUUUGGGAAAUAUAUAUAUAUAUUAUGAGUUUACUUACUUGUACUAUAGCUAUUUAUAUAAAUAUCGUUUCAUUGAUUUGUAAACGGUCGAGCAAAAUUACAAAAAAUCGAAUAUCACGCCCUUUUUGCUCAAAAUAGCUGAAA